AAGUAUCCGAAAUUUUUGAUGAAGAAAUGAUACUUAGUUCGCUUCAAACCGCAGCCAACGCGAAAUUUGACCGACCUGCAGGGAGCAGACCGGAUCGAGAGUGCGCCGCCCGAGCAGCAGCGACGAAGCCGAGAACUUUGCGAUAUUCCUUACGAAGUCGUUGGAGGAGAUCCGACUUGGAUGUCGCAGGUGUCGGACCAGCGUGUUCGGCGGCCCAGAGUCUCCGCGUGGACUUAUUGAUGUAUUUGACGCAAUUGAGUUGGUUCCGCCGCAUUUCAGUCCCUGUCCGCUUGCCUUUGAUUUGGGUCAAGUCCUUGAGAUGCCCCCGCUCCCGGCGAAGCGACUGCAUCGCGUCCGCUUGGAUACAAAGUCGAGCAACGUCGCGGCGAAGCUGGAACAUCUUCUUUGCACAGGCGCGGUACAUUAGAGGCCACGACGACCAUCUCAUUGGAGAUACGGUCCACUUGAGUUCGUCUGCGAUGGAAAACCCACAUGCUUGGCGGAUAGCGAUGGCCGUGGACUGGUACAUCGUCCGCAGGAAUCCUUGAUGCUCGUUGCAAUCUGUGUCCGCCGUGAGCGUGAAAAGGUCUGUCUUGAACAUGCGCUCCCACACAAAAGGGUGCUCUAGUGUAUCGCAUGUCGCCUUGCACGCUCCUCGCAGCCGGAAGAGGUCGCAUGCGUCGAGGAACGCGUACACGUGGAAGCGGCACGCCUGGGGCAACCGAUCGACCAUUCGAAACGGCAAGUCCCACGUAAAAGA